AUGGCCGCUCUAUUGAAGCAGCCGUUGAAACUAGCCCUGGUGCAGCUCGCCUCCGGCGCGGACAAAGCCGUUAAUUUGGCCCACGCUCGCACUAAAGUCCUUGAGGCAGCACAGGCUGGAGCCAAGCUCAUCGUCCUCCCGGAAUGCUUUAACUCGCCAUACGGAACCCAAUACUUUCCCAAUUACGCCGAGACUCUUCUUCCUUCGCCUCCUACCGAAGAUCAAUCCCCUUCCUACCAUGCCCUGUCAGCCAUCGCUGCCGAGGCCAAGGCCUAUCUCGUAGGGGGUAGCAUCCCCGAACUGGAACCCAUAACGAAGAAAUACUAUAACACAUCCCUCGUGUUCUCCCCCACUGGCUCGUUAAUAGGGACCCACCGCAAGACCCAUCUGUUCGACAUCGAUAUCCCAGGAAAGAUCGCAUUCAAGGAGAGCGAGGUCCUGUCGCCCGGGAACCAGUUGACAAUUGUUGAUCUUCCCGAGUAUGGAAAGAUCGGCCUCGCCAUCUGUUACGAUAUCCGUUUCCCGGAGGCGGCCAUGAUUGCUGCGCGAAAAGGCGCUUUCGCACUUAUCUAUCCGGGCGCUUUCAACAUGACUACUGGUCCCAUGCACUGGUCUCUGUUGGCUCGCGCUCGUGCAGUGGAUAACCAGCUGUAUGUGGGGCUGUGUAGCCCGGCACGCGAUAUGGAUGCCACUUACCACGCAUGGGGUCACAGUUUGAUAACCAACCCAGCUGCGGAAGUCCUGGUAGAGGCGGAGGACAAAGAGACUAUUGUCUAUGCCGAUCUGAAUAAUGACACCAUUCAAAGCAUAAGGAAAGGCAUUCCUGUCUAUACGCAGAGGCGGUUUGACUUGUACCCCGAUGUGAGCGCCGAGAAAUAG